GGCUGAGUCUCUUGGGCAUACUGUACUUGGGUGGCGCAUGGUCCCCACCGAUAACUCAGGAUUGGGCAAAUCUGCUUUGCAGACAGAACCUGUUAUUGAGCAAGUGUUUCUUACACCUACGCCUCGGUCAAAAGCUGAUUUUGAGCAACAGAUGUAUAUAUUAAGGAGGGUUUCAAUGGUAGCUAUUCGAGCUGCACUAAACCUCCAACAUGGUGGUGUGAGGGACUUCUACAUAUGUUCUCUUUCCUCAAGGUUUGUUUGCUGACUGUUGUCUACAAGGGUCAGCUGAAGCCCAAUCAAUUGAAGGAGUACUACUAUGCAGAUCUUGGCACUGAAAGGUUUACAAGCUACAUGGCCCUGAUACACUCUAGGUUCUCAACUAACACAUUUCCGAGCUGGGAUCGUGCUCAGCCUAUGCGUGUCUUGGGCCAUAAUGGGGAAAUUAACACACUGCGGGGAAAUGUAAAUUGGAUGAAGGCACGUGAGGGUCUUCUAAAGUGCAAGGAACUAGGCUUGUCAAAGAAUGAGAUGAAGAAGCUUCUACCCAUUGUAGAUGCCAGCUCAUCUGAUUCAGGAGCUUUUGAUGGUGUUCUUGAGCUUUUAGUUCGAGCUGGUAGAAGUCUCCCCGAAGCUGUAAUGAUGAUGAUACCUGAAGCCUGGCAAAACGAUCAGAAUAUGGAUCCUCAUCGCAAGGCCUUAUAUGAAUAUUUCUCUGCACUUAUGGAACCAUGGGAUGGGCCUGCUCUAAUAUCAUUUACUGAUGGCCGCUACCUUGGAGCUACGUUGGAUCGAAAUGGAUUACGUCCAGGUCGUUUUUAUAUUACACAUAGUGGACGAGUAAUAAUGGCAAGUGAAGUUGGAGUAGUGGAUAUUCCACCUGAAGAUGUUUGUAGGAAAGGAAGACUUAAUCCUGGCAUGAUGCUUCUGGUUGAUUUUGAGAAGCAUGUCGUUGUAGAUGAUGAAGCCUUGAAGCAGCAGUAUUCACUGGCAAGACCUUAUGGGGAGUGGCUUGAAAGGCAAAAGAUAAAACUGAAGGACAUAGUUGAAUCAGUUCAGGAAUCUGAGAGGGUCUCUCCACCCAUAGCAGGAGUUGUGUCAGCCUCUAAUGAUGAUGACAACAUGGAAAAUAUGGGAAUUCAUGGUUUAUUGGCUCCAUUGAAGGCUUUUGGUUACACUGUCGAAGCUUUGGAGAUGUUAUUACUACCCAUGGCAAAAGAUGGUGUUGAGGCCCUUGGUUCGAUGGGAAAUGAUGCUCCUUUGGCUGUGAUGUCUGACCGAGAGAAACUCACAUUUGAGUAUUUCAAGCAAAUGUUUGCUCAAGUUACAAAUCCUCCGAUUGAUCCUAUCCGAGAGAAGAUAGUUACCUCCAUGGAGUGCAUGAUUGGUCCAGAAGGUGAUCUUACAGAGACUACAGAAGACCAAUGUCAUCGUCUCUCACUUAAAGGGCCUCUUUUGUCAAUAGAUGAAAUGGAAGCAAUUAAGAAGAUGAACUACCGAGGCUGGCGCUGCAAAGUUCUUGAUACUACUUAUGCAAAAGACCGUGGCAGGAAGGGUUUGGAGGAGACCUUGGAUAGGAUCUGUUCUGAAGCACACGAUGCAAUUAAGUGGGGUUAUACAACAUUGGUGCUUUCUGACAGAGCCUUCUCAUCGAAGCGUGUCGCCGUCAGCUCGCUCUUGGCUGUUGGUGCUGUUCAUCAUCAUCUAGUUAAAAAACUUGAACGAACCCGAGUUGCAUUGGUUGUUGAAUCUGCUGAGCCCCGUGAAGUGCAUCAUUUCUGUACACUGGUUGGAUUUGGUGCAGAUGCUAUCUGCCCAUAUUUGGCCAUAGAAGCCAUUUUGAGACUGCAGGUUGAUGGAAAGAUCCCACCCAAAGCAGGUGGAGAGUUCCAAUCUAAGGAUGAACUGAUCAAGAAGUACUUCAAAGCAAGCAACUAUGGAAUGAUGAAAGUUCUUGCCAAAAUGGGGAUAUCAACUCUAGCUUCUUACAAGGGUGCUCAGAUUUUUGAGGCCGUGGGUCUGUCAUCAGAAGUUAUGGAGAAAUGCUUUAUGGGAACCCCAAGCAGAGUUGAGGGUGCAACGUUUGAGGCACUUGCCCAUGAUGCGCUUCAGCUGCAUGAGCUGGCAUUUCCAACACGGGUCUUCCCUCCUGGAAGUGCGGAGGCUGUAGCACUGCCAAAUCCUGGAGAUUAUCACUGGAGGAAAGGUGGCGAGGUUCACCUGAAUGAUCCUCUUGCUAUAGCAAAGCUGCAAGAUGCUGCCAGAUCCAACAGUGUGGCUGCCUACAAGGAGUAUUCUAAGCGUAUACAGGACCUAAAUAAAUCAUGCAAUUUGCGGGGACUUUUGAAAUUUAAAGAUGCAGAUGUGAAGAUACCUUUGGAGGACGUGGAACCUGCUAGUGAGAUUGUUAAAAGGUUUUGUACUGGGGCCAUGAGUUAUGGUUCAAUAUCACUGGAGGCGCACACCACCCUUGCCACUGCAAUGAACAAAAUUGGUGGGAAGUCAAACACAGGUGAGGGGGGUGAGCAACCAUCUCGUAUGGAGCCUCUUCCAGAUGGUUCAAUGAAUCCAAAAAGGAGUGCAAUUAAGCAGGUUGCAAGUGGUAGAUUUGGAGUUUCAAGUUAUUACCUUACAAAUGCUAAUGAGCUACAAAUAAAAAUGGCCCAGGGUGCUAAGCCUGGUGAAGGUGGUGAACUUCCUGGCCACAAGGUCAUUGGUGAUAUUGCUGUUACUAGGAAUUCUACGGCUGGGGUGGGACUUAUCAGUCCUCCACCCCAUCAUGACAUAUAUUCAAUUGAAGACCUUGCCCAGUUGAUUCACGAUCUUAAGAAUGCAAAUCCAGAAGCUCGAGUAAGUGUGAAAUUGGUUUCUGAAGCUGGGGUGGGAGUAAUUGCUAGUGGAGUUGUGAAAGGGCAUGCUGAUCAUGUCUUGAUCUCCGGUCAUGAUGGAGGUACAGGGGCUUCUCGAUGGACUGGCAUCAAGAGUGCUGGGCUCCCAUGGGAACUUGGUCUUGCGGAGACCCACCAAACUCUUGUUGCUAAUGACCUUCGUGGCCGAACAGUUCUUCAGACAGAUGGCCAACUGAAAACUGGGAGAGACGUGGCCAUUGCUGCUCUUCUUGGCGCAGAGGAGUUUGGUUUCAGCACUGCUCCUCUCAUAACACUUGGCUGCAUCAUGAUGCGGAAGUGCCACAAAAACACUUGUCCGGUUGGUAUUGCCACCCAAGAUCCAGUUCUCCGAGAAAAGUUUUCUGGAGAACCUGAACAUGUCAUUAAUUUCUUCUUCAUGCUAGCGGAGGAGUUGAGGGAGAUUAUGUCUCAGCUUGGGUUUCAAACAAUCAAGGAAAUGGUAGGUCGCGCUGAUAUGCUUGAACUGGAUAAAGAUUUAAUCAAGAACAACGAGAAGCUAAAAAAUAUUGAUCUCUCCCUGUUACUUCGACCUGCUGCUGACAUUCGGUCAGAAGCUGCCCAGUAUUGUGUACAGAAACAGGAUCACGGUUUGGACAUGGCUUUGGAUAAAAAACUAAUAGCUUUGUCCAAAGCUGCUUUAGAUAAAGGUCUUCCUGUAUACGUUGAAACACCAAUAUGUAAUAUAAAUCGUGCAGUUGGAACAAUGCUCAGCCAUGAAGUGACAAAGCGCUACCACAUGGCGGGGCUUCCUGCAGAUACCAUCCACAUCAAGCUCAGUGGGAGUGCAGGCCAGAGCCUUGGAGCUUUUCUUUGCCCUGGAAUCAAGUUGGAGCUUGAAGGUGACAGCAAUGACUAUGUUGGGAAAGGAUUAUCAGGUGGCAACAUUGUUGUUUAUCCUCCAAAAGGUAGCCAGUUUGACCCAAAGGAGAACAUUGUGAUAGGCAAUGUGGCUCUCUAUGGGGCAACGAGUGGAGAAGCUUAUUUUAAUGGGAUGGCGGCAGAAAGAUUUUGUGUCCGAAAUUCAGGGGCUAAAGCAGUUGUAGAAGGUGUGGGUGAUCAUGGAUGUGAGUAUAUGACUGGUGGGACUGUUGUUGUGCUCGGAAAAACUGGGAGGAACUUUGCUGCUGGCAUGAGUGGGGGCACUGCCUAUGUUCUUGAUGUGGAUUCCAAAUUCCGAUCUCGAUGCAACCCUGAGCUGGUGGAUCUUGAUAAAGUUGAAGAAGAAGAUGAUAUUAUGACUCUCAGAAUGAUGAUACAGCAGCAUCAGCGUCACACAAACAGCCAACUAGCCAAAGAAGUGCUAGCUGACUUCCACAAUCUUUUACCUAAAUUUAUUAAAGUAUUCCCCAGGGAUUACAAACGAAUUCUUGCAAGCAUGAGAGAAGAGGAAACUGCCAAAGCGUCUGCGAAAAUGGAAGCUAAAGAAGCUGAAGAGCAAGAGGAGGCAGAAUUGAUGGAGAAAGAUGCUUUUGAAGAGCUUAAGAAGUUGGCAUCUGGAUCUUUAAAUGAGAAAGCCAGUCAGGUGGAAGAGGCUAAACCAUUGAAGAGACCAACUCGAGUUGCUGAUGCUGACAAACGUCGAGGCUUUGUUGCUUAUGAGCGAGAGAGCAUCUCCUACCGGGAUCCUGCGGUUCGUAUGAAUGAUUGGGAAGAAGUAAUGGAAGAGUCAAAACCUGGUCCACUUCUCAAGACGCAGUCUGCCCGUUGUAUGGACUGUGGUACGCCUUUUUGCCAUCAGGAAAACUCUGGAUGUCCUCUUGGGAAUAAAAUACCUGAAUUCAAUGAGUUAGUAUACCAAAAUAGAUGGCGAGAAGCAUUAGAUCGGCUUCUAGAGACCAAUAAUUUUCCAGAGUUUACUGGCCGGGUGUGUCCUGCACCUUGUGAAGGUUCUUGUGUCCUUGGUAUCAUUGAGAAUCCUGUAUCAAUCAAAAGCGUUGAAUGCGCAAUUAUAGACAAGGCUUUUGAGGAGGGAUGGAUCGUGCCACGGCCUCCCUUAAGGAGAACUGGAAAAAGAGUUGCUAUCAUUGGAAGUGGCCCUGCUGGAUUGGCUGCUGCUGAUCAAUUGAACAGAAUGGGCCAUAGUGUAACUGUGUUUGAGCGUGCUGAUCGAAUUGGUGGACUUAUGAUGUAUGGGGUCCCUAACAUGAAGACUGACAAAGUUGAUGUUGUCCAAAGGAGGGUUAACCUUAUGGAAAAGGAAGGUGUGAAUUUUGUGGUCAAUGUUAAUGUAGGAAAAGAUCCUUUUUACUCAUUGGAUCGGCUUCGCGAGGAGAAUGAUGCUAUUGUUUUGGCGGUAGGAGCCACAAAACCCAGGGACCUCCCAGUUCCUGGGCGUGAACUCACUGGAGUCCAUUUUGCUAUGGAGUUUCUUCACGCCAAUACUAAAAGCUUGCUUGAUAGCAAUCAUCAGGAUGGUAAAUACAUCUCUGCAAAGGGCAAGAGGGUAGUGGUAAUUGGUGGAGGUGACACCGGCACAGAUUGUAUUGGGACAUCUAUCCGGCACGGUUGCAGUAGUGUUGUUAAUUUAGAGCUUCUCCCUGAGCCGCCACGAACCAGGGCUCCUGGCAACCCUUGGCCACAGUGGCCUCGCAUAUUCCGCAUAGAUUAUGGACACCAGGAAGCUGCUACCAAAUUUGGCAAAGACCCAAGGUCCUAUGAGAUAUUGACUAAGCGGUUUGUUGGAGAUGAGAAUGGGGUUGUGAAAGGAUUGGAAGUGGUCCACGUCCACUGGGAGAAGGAUGCUAGUGGGAAGUUUCAAUUUAAGGAAGUUGAGGGCUCUGAGGAGAUGAUUGAGGCUGAUCUAGUUCUUUUAGCAAUGGGUUUCCUUGGUCCUGAAUCGAUGGUAGGAGACAAACUGGGCUUGGAGAAAGACAAUAGAUCAAACUUCAAGGCCGAAUAUGGUCGCUUCUCGACGAAUGUGGAAGGGGUCUUCGCCGCAGGGGAUUGCCGCCGUGGCCAAUCUCUGGUGGUAUGGGCAAUCUCAGAAGGCCGGCAGGCUGCUUCUCAGGUCGACAACUAUCUCACAAGAGAUGAAAAAGACUUAAGUACCAGUCCCGGGCGACAAGACGACAGCGUUCAUAGGCAGCAAGACAGCAGCAAACUGACAGUAAUGACAUAGAAGACAUUGGUUUUACUUCCUCGUACAGGGUCAAAAGCAAGGUACUAAGAUGUUUAUACCAAGAUGAUUUUCUGGACUGAUUUUCUUGUUGAUGACCAAAAGGAGCUUCAUCACCAAGUUAUGAAUCAACAGGAGCUUUAUCAUCAAGCUAGAAAGGAUUCGAGAAGUCGCAGAGAGGGGGGUGGAAUUUGUGGGGUUGAGUGUUGGCCUUAGAAUUCUUUUUAGGUGUUGUUUUCUGUGUUAUCUUGUUUAUAAUUUUAAUUUUCCCUUUUUCUUUUGUCUGAAGGGUGGCUCUUGUGCGGGCUGAAAGGAAUAAUGUACAGUUUGUUUUUGUAUUUUUCAGUUGAAAUUAAUUUAUGUGGAUUUUCUUUGGGCAAUUGAGAAUCAUUCCAAUUUUAAGUUCUUUUGAGUUGGUGACUGUAAGAGCAUUUCUAAUCAUUAAUCAG